UUGCCGACAUGGAAUUGAGAAGGCAAAAUGUGCACUUUGCUCGGUUUGUGGCCAGAAACCCGAGAAUGAAUCUAGCAGGCAUCACCAGCUCUAGCUCUGCAUUUGAUAUCCUCGAAUUCAACUGAACCAAACAAAUAGGUGCCAAUUGAACUCAUGGCGGCAAGCUCCACUCCCCUUGUGCACUGAGGGGCUGGUAGCGGGUGCAGCUUGUGGGCACGUCGCCCCAUCCAUGGACGCUACAACGUGCACAGCACCUAAGCUCUGGUGGCAUGGACGACCAUGGCAUUGCCCGGCGGAAGGUGGGAGCGUGGACCCGCCGGGCUCUAUUUCAAUCGUCCAUAGGUGACAGCGAAUGAAGCUGGAGUGAACAUUCCGUCACUCGAGCUGCAAAAUACUCGAAACUCUGCGUGAGAUAUCGCAUCGCCUUGUCCGAGUUCCAACGGCGACAGCCUGUCACCCUGUCCAACGCCAACGGCCACCCCUCGCGCCGUCACCGACGCCACAAACAGUGUGGUGCUACAAUAACGCUAUCCAAUUAUAAUCAGCAUCAGUGAAUAUGGUUGGGCUGGGUCCAAAGAAGCCGCCUGCUCGCAAAGGUACUGGUAUGUGUGCCCCAAACAGCUUUCUAGUCACGCCUGUUAUCUAUCCCGCCCCCUCCAAAGCACAAGACUCGCUUGCCUGCCUUCCCGCAUGCCACACCCAUCGGCUUGACCAAGGCGGCGCGGUCUCGGCAAUGGCUGGUAGUGCUGCCGCCUGACCCCCCAAGUUGCUUGCACCAAAUCGCGCCUCCAGCAUCCAGCCCGGGGCGGGGGUGAGCAAGACUGCCUCUGUCCUGGUUCGAGUAUUUUUGCUUUUUUUUUGGUUUCUUUAUCAGACAGCAAGCUACUUGCGGGAAAUACGGUGUCAAGUGGCAUACCACGCAAACCUUUGUGCCCGGAAUCACUCAGCGUGAUCACCCACCCCCUGGCCUCAUUUUAGCCUUUCCUAUCGCGCCUCGUCCUCCCCUUUCUUUCCCUGUGUUGCCCCCUUGAGCCGACCACACUAUUAAGCAAACAGUCAUCUGUCUGACCAUAGGCUUUCACUAUUUUAUUGCCUUCUUGUCCCCUUGAUAUCUAUUGCCUCCACCUGCCCACACCGGUCCGACAAGGUUGCGGACAAGACGCUCGAAGAGACUUGGCGUGGCGGAGAUCACCAUCCUUCCAGACUGGGCCAGAGCCCACGCGACAUGCACCCUCCCCGUCCAACGCUACCCAAGGGAGCUGAGUGAGCGGUUGGAUACCAGAAGCACACAGUACUUGAGGAGACGGCUGCCCCAAUCCCUCGCCCAUACCUACCCUGGUCAAGACUCGAUUGGACCAUGCUGCCUUUUUGAUUGCAUCACUGCCUUCACAUCCGUUUUGGCUCUUCUCCAAGAGUUUGGGCGAGCUGCCGUGCCGCCGCGCCUGGUGCCACCACAGUCAGAAAAAGGAAGACAUAGACCCGAUAGCCGACGGGAGCUGCCUGCUGCUAGUCCAGACCGAAACCGCAUCCAUCCAUCCAUCCAUCCAUCCAUACCAGACCUACCCCUCCUUUGACAGCCAGGCCGCGCGAAACAGCAGCUCCUCCCGUUCCCCUUCUUGCCGUUCACGCUGCUGCCAUCCACCCGCAUCAGUGCAUGCGCAUCUCUUAGCCACAGUCCGCACUGUCGCUCUUAUACGCAACUGGCACCAUGACCGAAAUACCUAAGGAUCUCCUCAAGGAGAUCAAGACCCUUGAGGAAAUGUUCGCCGUCGACACGGCUAAACUCAAGGAGAUCACAAACCACUUUGUCGGCGAGCUCGAGAGAGGUCUGACUGGUGAGGGCGGCGAUAUUCCCAUGAACCCUACGUGGGUCAUGUCGUUCCCGGAUGGCCAUGAGACGGGGACCUUCCUGGCUCUGGAUAUGGGAGGCACCAACCUCCGCGUCUGCGAGAUCACCUUGACGGACCAGAAGUCCGAGUUCGACAUCAUCCAGUCCAAGUACCGCAUGCCCGAGGAGCUCAAGACUGGCCAGUCGGACGAGCUGUGGGAGUACAUCGCCGACUGCCUCCAGCAGUUCAUCGAAACCCACCACGGCGAUCCCAAGAAACUGGAGAAAAUCCCGCUUGGUUUCACUUUCUCGUACCCGGCAACUCAGAACUACGUCGACGAGGGCAUCCUGCAGCGCUGGACCAAGGGCUUCGACAUAUCUGGCGUCGAGGGCAAGGAUGUCGCCCCGAUGCUAAUGUCGGCGCUCAAGGAGAAGGGAGUGCCUGUCAAACUGGUUGCGCUAAUCAACGACACUACGGGGACUUUGAUCGCCUCGGCCUACACCGACACCAAGAUGAGGAUUGGCUGCAUCUUUGGCACUGGCUGCAACGCAGCAUACAUGGAGAACUGCGGCUCCAUCCCAAAGCUGGCCCAUAUGAACCUGCCACCUGACACGCCCAUGGCCAUAAACUGCGAGUGGGGUGCAUUCGACAACCAGCACAAGGUCCUGCCGAGGACUCCUUACGACGUCAAGAUCGACGAGGACUCGCCCCGGCCCGGGCAACAGGCCUUUGAGAAGAUGAUUGCCGGCCUGUACCUGGGCGAGAUAUUCCGGCUGAUCCUCGUUGACCUGCACGACAACCACGAGACGCGCAUCUUUGCCAACCAGGACAUUUCUAAGCUGCGUAGAGCCUACACCCUCGAUUCGUCCUUCCUUUCCGCGAUUGAAGACGACCCAUUCGAGAACUUGCAGGAGACGUCGGACCUUUUCCAGUCCAAGCUCAACAUCCAUCCCAACAAGAAUGAGCUUGAGCUCAUCCGGAGGACGGCCGAACUCAUCGGCACGCGGGCGGCGCGUCUCUCGUCGUGCGGUGUCGCGGCCAUCUGCAAGAAGAAGGGCUACGAGUCGUGCCAUGUCGGCGCCGACGGGUCCGUGUUUAACAAGUACCCCAACUUCAAGGCGCGCGGGGCCAAGGCGCUGCGCGAGAUCCUCGACUGGCCCGAGAAGACGGAUCCCAAGGAGGAGGACCCAAUUGAGAUCCUGGCGGCCGAGGACGGCAGUGGCGUGGGCGCCGCACUCAUCGCCGCCCUAACCAUCAAGCGCGUCAAGGAGGGCAACGUGGCGGGCAUCCGGAACACGGACAACUUCAAAUAAGCCCGCCAGGCAGUCCUACGGGGUGUCUCUAUGCUCCAAGGGACCGUGAACCACUUGGCCAGGUAGGGACGUGUUCGUGAUAGACCAUGAGUAGGGUGUUGUGAGCUUGGGACACGAUUGUGCGAGGAGUCGAUGGGCGCUGUCUGGAUAUAUAUAGUCUUGGUAUUGGCGUGGCCAUUGGUUGAUCAAGUUCUCGUCGUCUGGGCAAGGCUUGAUGCUCAGCCUAGAAAAGUGCACACAGGCAAUUGGUAUUCUAUAGAAAAAAAGACAUUAGCUUUUUUAAGACCUUCUGAUACCUGGGG